GUCGGGACUACAAGUCCCACAAUGCCAUGCGCGAGACCACUUCCUUUUCCGGCUGCGCAAGGUGUCAGCCCCCGCCGACGUGUUCUUCCGGUGGCGGACCGGUGGCUUAUCUUGUGCGAGGCAAAAUGGAGCUCGAGGCCAUGAGUAGAUACACCAGCCCAGUCAACCCGGCUGUCUUCCCCCACCUGACCGUGGUACUUCUGGCCAUCGGCAUGUUCUUCACCGCCUGGUUCUUCGUUUACGAGGUCACCUCCACCAAGUACACACGUGACAUCUACAAGGAGCUCCUCAUCUCCUUGGUGGCCUCCCUCUUCAUGGGCUUCGGAGUCCUCUUCCUUCUCCUCUGGGUUGGCAUCUACGUAUGAGUCUCCAAGGGUACCCACAGGCAGUUUCACCAAGCCCCUGCUUUUGUAAAUUAAUUUUUUUACCAUUGAUACAAGUGUCCCACCUGCUGCUUACAAUAAAGGCAGAUGUGUGACAGUCC